ACACGAGUGUGUAGUAGGUUGUCUGUUGUCAGAUUGUGCACUUGAAGAAUUGUCAGCAGCCCAUACAAUGUAUUCUGCUCCUCAACUACAAGUUUACUAGGCCAGGUGGAAUAAACCGUUUAAGGACGGUGCAUAAAAGUUUCUAUGCUAUUUCACACAGGAAAACAAAAAACGUAUUUUGUUAUUAGUUAGGGACAACUUCACUAUCAUCACAAAAGAUAGUAGCUGACUAGCUAGCGAGUGUGCUAAAUCAAAAUAUUUGCAUACAAACUUUUAUUUUUGACGGCUAAGUUGGACGAAAACCUUUGAUGGGGUAUCAGCUGUAGGUGAACGCUGGAGUUUGCGAGGUCGGUGGACUUUUUAAAGGCUUUUGAAAGCACAAAGCGACUGUGGGAAUGUCGUGUCGGAGUGGGAUGGCCCGGGUGAGUAAUCAAGGACUGCAGCCUGUCCGAGCCACGGUCCCGUUUCAGCUCCAGAACCGAGCAGCACCGCGCUGCAGAGACAACAAAGCAGCCGAGUACAAGACGAAGGGUCGCCCGCCGAAGCCAACCUUGCGACGGACACUGUCUCUGGACACUCUGGUGGGACCGUACCUUCAGGGCACCUGGCCUAGAGACCCAGAGUGUCAGCCGGUUACCUGUGUCAAUGACAAGGCCACACAGACUCCCAGUUCCUGGAUAGAGGAGACACGGGGGCGGAGAGGGGGUGGUGGUCAUAAGCGCUCGGCAUCAUGGGGUAGCGCUGAACACCUCAGAGAGGUUGCUAAGCUCCGUCAGUCCUUGCAGAAACGCUCCAGACAUGCACCUCCUGCCAUGGACCGUGACCACACACACCAACAUGUUCACAGCAGCCAGACACGCACGCCUGGAAGUACACAGACGAUGCCUCUUAUUCCACUGAGCCGAUUGGCCCCCAGACUGAGACGCAGUGUUGAAGGACUAAAUCUGGAGCUGGAGGGAGUCUUUGUGUCCGAAACAACAAAAGAACAGCACAAAAUUCUUGAGGUACCAGAUGGUCACAGAGCCCCUGUCCCAGCUCAGAGGUACAGCAGCGCUUCCCAGAGCGACCCUUCUCCUGCCCAGCUGUCCCCCUCACACUCUCCCUGCCCCAUCACAGACACCGAUAUGGUUGUGUGUGGGCCGCUCUGUCCAUCUUCCUCCCCUCCUCUAUGUAUUUGUGAGCCACCAUCAUCUUCUCCUCGUCCCAACAAGACGUAUGUCUUUCAGAGAGAGCCUCCAGAGGGCUGUGAGAGAGUUCGUGUGUCUGAGGAGGCCAUCCUUCCCUGUCAUGGAAAUGUUCCUCUUCAGCCUUCCUGUCCUGACCCUAACAAGGUGAACUUCACACCUCAUGGUGGCUCCGCCUUCUGUCCUGUCAGUCUCCUCAAGCCCCUCCUGCCAUCCAUGGACCUGUUAUUUCGUGGCCUGUCGGUUUCACCCGUCACUGGCUGUUCGGCUCAGAGUGCUGCCCCCUGCCAGACACCGGGACACGCCGUGGGUGGUUAUUUGAGCGGUACCCUCCCAGACCCCACCAGCACCUCUAUGUGAAUGGAGCACAUUCAUGACGAGAAAAGAAAAACUAAAGAUGGUUGUGCCUUCGUCUCAUCAGUAACUGUGACAUCAGAGCGUCUCAAAGAAAAGAAACCGCUCGUGCCAUCCACUCAGUGUCUGACUUGUUUUGAUCGACACAGAGAGGGGAAAAAUCAUGAUGGAAGAAGACAAUGGAGAACUUUUCUUCAUCUAAAACUCCGGUGGACUCUCUCCGAUCUGAUUUGUUGACGACCUUUUGACCUCAGGACACUCCACUUGGCACUUGUGAUCAUUUUGUUUCCCAUUAUAGCAUUUACCUAUUGCUAUAAUUUCUAUAAUUUCUACAAAACAAUACUGAUGGCUGUUUAUCGUCUGUGUAUGAAUAUGUUUUUACCUCUGUCCGAAGAGUCAUUCUGAACAGAUUUUUUCUAUCAGACAGACUAUAAGUGCGUUAUAAGCCUGACCCACUCUGUGAUGAUAUUAUAGUUGUGGUUCAGAAACCUCUGUUUCUUAAUCGAGUAUUCACAGACACAUGUCUUUACUGCAUGCUGGACUUUUUUUUUUUUUUACUAGCACAAAGAGGCAGUAAUAGACCAGAGAGUCUGUCAUCAGCCGGUGUUUUUGAAUCCUCUCAGCAUGUCUGUUCAGUAUUUAAAAAUAUAUACAUUUAGACAUUAAGUACAGCUCUGAAAUGAAGGUGUUUAAUGAAUGCCUCCAAAUGUUCAGCAAAAAGCUAUUAUCCAUAAUCUUACAAAGCUUGUCAAAAAUGUCCCAUCAUAUUUCACCACAAAUUUUUAUUGUGUCAUAAUCAUAGGAAGGAUCAUAAGUAAGGGGCCUAUUUUGUUACUGUAUUAAAGUAAAAACAAAAAAAAAA